GCCCGCCGUGUCGUAGAGACGCCAUUUUGAGAGCGAGCUGAGGGAGAAGAGGGUUCUGGAGGAUAACUCUGUGUUCAAACACCGAGUGUUAGUUGGUUUAGCCGGUAGAAGCACGUCGUAUCUGUUUGUUGUGUCUGACUCCAGCCUAGCUAUUUUAAAGUUCUUCCGUUUUUUUUUUACUUUACGUUACUUGCUUUUAGUUACUUCGGUAGUGUCGCUCGACUGGACAGCGAUGCCGAGUCACCCGCUGCGCGUGGCGGUGGUGUGCUCGAGCAACCAGAACCGCAGCAUGGAGGCGCACAACAUCCUGAGUAAGCGUGGCUUCGACGUGCGCUCGUUCGGGACCGGCACGCACGUGAAGCUGCCAGGCCCGGCACCGGACAAGCCCAAUGUCUACGACUUCAAGACCACAUACGAGCAGAUGUACAACGACCUCGUCCGCAAAGACAAGGAACUAUACACUCAGAACGGCAUUCUGCACAUGCUGGACCGCAACAAGCGCAUCAAGGCCCGGCCCGAGCGGUUCCAGAACUGCAAGGACCAGUUCGACCUGGUUAUCACCUGCGAGGAGAGAGUGUACGACCAGGUGCUGGAAGACCUGAACUCCCGGGAGCAGGAGACGUUCCAGCCGGUCCACGUGAUCAAUGUCGACAUCCAGGACAACCACGAGGAGGCCACGCUGGGCGCCUUCCUCAUCUGCGAGCUCUGCCAGUGUAUCCAGCACACCGACGACAUGGAGAACGAGAUGGACGAGCUGCUGCAGGAGUUUGAGGAGAAGAGCAGCCGGCCCUUCCUGCACACCGUGUGCUUCUACUGACGCCGUCCGCGCGCACUGGCCCCGCCGCGCACACCGCGGCCCCGAGACCACUCCGUCGGCCCCCCCGGGCCCCCCGGUGCACAGCGCACAGCCCACGGCACAACACGGUUCACACGAGAGACUUCACGGGGCCGCCAGCGCGCCGGACAGCACCACACACGCCCGCCCUGACCCGCCCGGGCGGGCGGCCCACAAUGCACAGCCCCUCCCUUCCCCCGGGGCGCAGCACCCCCUGCCUUAACCCCAGCUCUGCACGAGAAACGGCGCCCCCUCCUGGCCGGGGCCGGAGCCGCAGGCUGGGGCGGUCCGGGCCUUGUCCGCUCGCUCGCCGCGCCGCGCCCGCAGGGUGAGGUUCCCACCGGGACGCCCUGACUUCUCGAGGCAGUCGAGGAAGUGAAAUUUAAUUUUGUUUUUGUUUUUUUUUCACUUGUACAUUUUUUUUAAUGGAAUUUUUAGUUGAAAGCAGAGAGAUUCGAAGACGUUUGGAUGUUGGCGAGUGUGGGGGGCUGUUGGGUGUGCUCAGGUUAGGAAUGAGUGGGCGUAGAGUAGAGAACAACCUUUGAAAACCUCAUGCUUAAAUCUCAUUAGUUACGUGCUUAUUAUUAUUUCUAAUUAUUAUGUUUUGUGACUACAGACUGAGAGUCUUGACUGCCUGUUGAGGAAUGAAACAAUUUUUCUAAAUUAUGAAUUAAACACUUAAACCUCUCUGGUUCCAGGAGACAGUAUAUGCGUUGGGAGUGCCUGUAUGAAUGAGUCUGUAAAUACUUGGAGGAAUAAAUAUCUUCAGCAAA